GUUCAGAGGAAAUGAACAAGAUCAUAAUUUUGGCAAUGAUAGGUCUGAUGAGUGUAUCAGCAUUCGAUAUUGAUUUCUCUUUGCUGCUUCAAGUACCAUUAGAGUUGAUAAAUUAUAUAGACAGGUUCAGAAUCAAACGAUGCAGUUCAAGCAGUUUAUGAUUUAUUGAAUGAUUUGAAGACAAGCAAUAUCGAAGCCCAAGGAGUUGCAGACGAAAAGAAUAUCUCAGACGAAGAGAUUGGUUAGGCAAGAAUUGCUGCAUUAUCAAAAGUCAAUGAAUUGAAUCAAAAAGCUUGGGCCAGUGCCAAAGCCAGAAGAGAACAAAUCGGAAUUGAAUACAGAGUAACUGACAUCAUCUAAUCUAGGAAGCAACAGAUUAUAUUGCAUGGGCAACAUAAAGAUUGGCUGACAUUGAUAGAAGAUCAGUCGAACUAUAAGAGUUGAGAUGUUUCUCAAAUGGUUUGUUUGUGAGAGCAAUCAAACAACACAAUGAUGCUCUUGGAGUUAUAAGAGUAUUGAAGAAUGAUUUGAGUGGAUACUUAACAGGAUAACCAUCCUCCUUGGUUGAGAUCAAUGUCCAAAAUGUCUCAGACAAAUUAAAACAAUACAGUCAAUUAUUCAAUCAAGAUGCCAUGACCAAAUUCGCCUAAUUAGCUGUAGAACAAGCCUCAGGAAAUGCAGAAUUACACGCUUUAGGAUAAGAAGCAGAGGGAUCAUCCUCAUCUGAUAGGUAACCAGGCCAUAAUGUUGGAUAACUUGUUUACAAUGCUUUGUCCGACCUAGAAGAUUAAUUAAAAUCAUCAUUAGCCAAUUUGGAAGCCAAUGAAAUUGCUGCUUAUUACUAAUUGGCUGAUUGGCUUGCUGACACAGAAUCCGAGGUUGCUCAUCUUAAUGAUGAAAUCCAAAGAAAGACUCAAUUGUAAGAUAAAUUGGUUGUGGUAUGUUCAUUCUCUCAUAUCUUUUAAGUAAGAAUAAGCUGCUCUUGCUGUCUAAGCCAAGGCUAACAGUGUUUUGAAGGACUCUUAAAAUGCCAUCAAUGCUGCCACUGCCUCAUUACAGGAAUUGAGAGACCUGUAUGAAACCGAACUGAAUAGAAGAAAUGGUAUGUAUUCGAUCUAUGUGCUUAGAGGAGAAUGCUAUUAUUGAUGAAGUCAUUCACAUUUUCAAAUAACAAGUUUUAGAAAUGGCCAACCAAACCUCAUAUGGAAAGAAAUGAGUUUUAAAUUUAUAUUAACAACAACCCGAUUUAAAAU